GCAGUUUGGUUAUAAUUUUACAAUAGCAUAUUGCAAUAAUAUUUUUAUGUUUUGAAUAUUUCCAAAUUUUAUUUAUAUUUAAGUGAACGAUUUAUUUAAUCAAACAAUUGUUGCAUAGAUGUUGUAGUAAUUUAUUUGUGAUUUUUAUUCCGCAAUUUGUAUUCAUUCAAAAGUUUGGCUUGUCUAAAAUGAAUCCUGCUGUGGAGGCAGCUCCCCCUGAAGACAAGCGAGGCGAUGACAGAUGGAUGUCUAUGCAUAAACGUUUCUUAAUCGCGGCCCGGGAGCAAGAACCUGAUGUUCUCUUCCUUGGUGAUUAUGUUGUAAGCAUGGCAGCUCAUACAGAAAUGUGGGAAAAGUUGUUUGUUCCAUUACAUUGUCUAAACCUAGGCAUUGCAGAGGAUGAAACUCAGAAUGUCUUAUGGCGAAUUCAGAAUGGAGAGAUAGAUGCUACUGACCCAAAGGUGAUAGUUUUAUCUAUAGGAGCAAAUAAUAUCUCUCACUCAGCUGAGCAAAUAAUUGCUGGCAUUUUAAGCUGUGCUAAUGCAAUACUUGAGAAGAAACCCAGUGCAACUCUUAUAAUAUUGAAACUUUUGCCAUGUGGCCGGCAGCCAAACCCUUUGCGAGCUAAGCUUCAAGAAGUGAAUCAUAAAUUAAAGGCUGCUUGUCAGGGGUUGUCAAACACUCAGGUUGUUGAUAUCGAUCCUGGUUUUGUACAGCCUGAUGGAUUAAUAUCCCAUCAUGACCUCUAUGAUUAUCUGCAUCUUACCAGAUCUGCCUAUAGUAAAUCUUUUGAAGUUUUAUAUGAUCUAUUGCAACAAAUUUUGACAGAUUGCGUUGAUGCUCAGGAGACUGAAUGAAUUUGAAGUAUAGGUAGAAAAAAAGUUCUUCUUCAUUUGCUUAUGUGAUAUUGUUCCUAUAUCAUUUGAUAUCUGUUGCCUGUACUCAUGUAACGUUUUGUUGAUGUUUAAAAUUCUGAAAAAGUGUGCAAGGUUAUUCUCGGAGAUCUUCUGUAAAUGUAGCACAAAGGGCAUGAUCUCAUUUCUUGAUUAAUUGCAUCAGAAUAAGGAUAAAAAAAUUUCAAUUUCUGUAUUUAAUUAUUUUUUUUUUUUUGUUUGAGUUUUUGUAUAUACAUGUCAUUUUAGGUUUGUUCAGUUUGAGUUAGUUAUAUCUUGUCCUUUCUAUUUUUAUAACUUAUUUUGUGGUCAAUAAGUAUUGAUAAAACAGAAUUGUUUAAUUUGAUUCAUAACUUCUAAUCUUGGUUUUAGUUUUUGCGAUGAACAGUUGGUAUUAACGCUGGAUAAAGAAUGUAAUUAAACUUAAUGUUAAAGUCCAAUUUAUGGUUCUUUAAUUAUAUGUUUGCUUGAUAUGUCUUGUUAUGUUUAUUUAUGAGAUAAACUGGUAUUUAUGUUGAUGAUUCUUUUUUAAUAUCUGACUCGUUUAUUUACUGAUAGAUUUGUUGAAAUUUCAGAGUUAUUUUAAUGCUACUAAAAUUAACUGUACUAUUUAAUGACAGUGUCUAAAUAAUAAAAUGUCGAUUAAUCCAUUUAAUAACCUUAGAACAUAUUAUGUAAUAAGUUUAUGCAUAUUAUGUUCUAAGUUAUGCUAAGUUUAUGCAUCAUAUUAUCAUCUAAGUUUAUGUAUCAUAUAACAUACUAUGAUAUUCUAAUAACUUUAGAAUAUCAUACUAUGUUAUAUUUUAUUUGUCUAUAUAGGAUGUUUUGUGAGAAAGUCCUGGAACUACGUUUCUAUUAUGAUUGGAUAUUGAUCAAUUAAAGGUGCUUGAAUUUUUAUUGGGAUGAUAUUAAUUUAUUAACUUUCAAUAUUAUAAUUGCCUGAAAGUGUUUUUUGCAUGGUUAUAUCAGGCAAUGCUUUCUUUUUGUUACAAGAUGGAAAAAUUUUUAUGUCUUAUCACUUAUAAUUAUUUGAUUUUUUCCCUCAUUAUGUUAUGAUUUUUUUAAUAUGUGUUGUAAUCAAUUAGUAAUUGAGAACAAUACAUAUUUUAGCUCCAUCUCAUUUUUGUAAAGAAUUGUAUCUUGCUAGGUUCCUCUCAAGUUUUAAAGUCACAGUAUUUUGCUACACAUAUAAGCAAAUCAAUAUAAUGAAUUAUGUGAGUUAGAGCUUAGAAUUAAAAAUAUUUUUUAAAAUCUAAUAUUGGAAAAUGCGUGCUUUUUUUUUUUUUUUUUUUUUCGUUUGUUUCACUGGAUUUUAGGAAAUUUCUGUUUCCGAUUAUUUUUAAACUUUUCUUUGAUUACUUGUAAAUCAUGCAUGUAAAGACAUGGAGAGAGAUUUAAAAGAGAUUAAAAUUUAUUUCUUCCUAUUUCUUUUUCUAUUAAUCUUUCCAUGAUGUAAAAUGGGACCAUUGAAUUGUAUAUUACUUCAAAAGUAAGACAUUGUAUAUUACUUCAAAAGUAAUGUAUUUUUUGACUGCUUUUAUGUACAGAUAGAUUUUAUUUGGAGACUUUCAGUAUUUCUAGCAAUAUGUUGUCAUUCUGAAGUUCUCAUGGUCAAAAACAUGUUUCCUUGAUUUUUCCCUCCCUAUAUUUUUUAAUUUUGAAGUUAAAAACUAAAUGAAUGGACAUUAAAUAUGUAAAUUGCCAGUUUUAGUUCAUUCUUUUAAGCUUAAAUUUAUGUAAUAUAUAUUUGAACUAUCAAUUUUUAAUAAUUGGCAAAUUAAAAUAUGAGAAGUGCAUAGAUUUUUUAAAACUAUGUUCCUCUCAUUUUCUGGCAUUUGUUAUGUGAUUAUAAUUGUAAACUCUUUGUUAUUACAAAAAAUUGAAUUUGAUGUAUUUUUGUUUUAUUUGUUAAUAAUCUUUUUGUUUGGAUAUUUUUAAUGGUUGUAAAGAAUUUAUAUGGUUGUGCUAUUUUCUGUCAAAUGGAUAAAGUUGAUUGAAAAUUGUAAUUUCUGCAUUGAAAAAAAGAAUUGUUUAGUUAUAAGUUAUAUUAAUGUUUUCAAAGUUUUAUAAAUUUGUUAUAAUUGACCUUAGACAAAGCAUUUUUAAUUACAAUGCUCUUAUUUUGUAUCAUUACCUAUAGAAUUUUCUGAGAAUUUGAUUAUUUCAUUGUGGUGUUCUAAAUUUAAAUGAAUGGUUUUGUUACUUUAUUUAUUUAUAAGGUAAAACUCAAAUUAUAUGAAUUAAGUAGGAUUUGAUCGAAAUAAUUGAGGUAAACGAAGAGCAUGGGUAUUUCUUUAGAAUAGGAUAUUUACAUAUAACAUGUUAAUUUAAAGAAUAAAAAUAAUAUUAUUGCAUUCUGUAUACUUAUAUACUGUAAAAGUGAUCUGAAUAAUUGUAGUUCUAUUGUUAUAGGAAUGAUGCAUGCAAUUUCACAUUUAAAUUUGUCUUGGAUCAUUCCUCCUGACACAUUUCUAGACUACACCAUUUGCUCAGUAAUACAUUUUUUUGUAACACCUUUGCCAUAAAAAGUGCAUGGCACCUUGAGCUUCUAUGGUUUGUUUUUAGAAAAAUAUGCUGUACUAUAAGAAAUCAAAAACUCUUUCUGAUGGUAAUUGCUGUUUGGGAAAUGUAUGUGAAAAUUUGAUUAUUUAAAUGCUUAAAAAACACACACAUUUUACAAAAGUAUGUAUUUUUCGUUUUCAAUCCACAUAAUUUUUAGCGGCUAUUUUCUUUUUAGUAUCUUUCUGAUUUUCCAUCAUUUUAAUAACCCCUCCCUCGAAAAAAAAAAAAAAAAAAAAAAAGAAGCUAAAGUUAAAGUAACAAGAUAAAUCUGUUGCUUUAACUGUCUUAAAUAAUGUAAUUUGAUCUUUUAGCAUUGUUCGAAUUUCUAUUCUACAAAUCAUCUUUCUGUUAUGUGUUAUAUAAAUGCUCUGAUUAAGAUUUAGACAACUUAUUUUUAAUAAGAAAAAUCGGUCAUUUAUCAGACCACAACGUAUUUGAUUCAUAUAGUUAAGUAUGCGAUAUUGAAUAGAAGUGCUUGUAUUAAAUUUGUAUGACAAAAGAAUUUUGUUUUGUUAUUAAGUAUUAUAUUCUAUUUAUAAAAAAAAAUUAAAUUAUGACGGAGUUGUGGUAAAUUGAAUGUUCCUUUUCCUUGAGGGAAGUUACAAUGAUCAAAUAUUGAUACUGUAGCUUAAGAUUUAGAUUCAUAAAUAAACAAUGAGAAAUAUUUUCAAAAAAUUAUUACAUUUAUGCAGUAGUGUCAACAUAAUUUUGUAUGUUUUAGUAAUGAAUCAUUUUUUCUAAUUAUGGCCUCUUCUUAUUCAUGGUCUUAUUGUAAAAAUGAAAUCUAGAAAAUAUGAUGCAAGUUUGAUAAGAUGAAAAAAGUACUACUAUUGGAUUUUCAAAUUCAUUUGUGUAUUUUGUAGACGAAUUUGAAAGUUAACUUAAAAUUAUUUUUUAAUAUUGAUGAAUUUUGUAAUUUUUCUAUAUUAAUGACUAAAAUAAAAGCGAUAUAAAGAAGAACCAUAACAUAAAUUAGUUACAAGUUUGGGUAAAGGGAACAGUUUUAUGUUCUUGUGAGUAAUUGCACUGAAUAAUGACAAUCUCAAUCAAACUAAUUUCUUUGCAAUUUUGUAUUAAAUUUUCUCAAUGUUUUUAAUUUAUGUUGAGAUAAAUUACUUAAUAAUUUAGGAUGCAUUUAAAAAAAAUCAUUACUUGUUUUCUUAUGAAAAUUGAAAUUUUUAAAUUUCCUGUUUUUCUUACCUACUUUUCUGUGGAAAAGAUCUCUAGAUCCCAUUCCAUUUAUUUUUAAGUGUAAAAGUACAGUCACACUUAAAAAUAAAUUAGAAAACAAAAUAUUAAUUGUAAUCGAAAUCAAAUUCUGUCAAUUGAAAAUAAUCAUUAAGCAAAUUUUAUUAUUUUCUUUUAAUACAAAGUGAUUUUCACAACCAUUUUUUCUUAUAAAGGUUGGAGAGUUUGAAAGAAGAAGCAUUUGAAAGCUUUCAUAGCCUUAAUGUCUCCCCCCCCCAUAGCUCUACUCGGGGCUAACACUCACUUUAAGAAAUCUAAUAGAAAUAAUAGUAUUGGAGUCGUUAUUACCUCUUAAAUUUUCAAACGGGGAUUUUGGGUGUAUCAUUUUAUAGUACGAAAUGUGUUUUGAAUUCCACAAAAAAAUUUUAUUUUAGAAUUAGUAUUAAAUGCAUUGAAAGUUAUUUUAAAUUUUUGAAAGUAGGAAAGAAGUUUUAUCUUUCAUUUAGUGCACAUCCAUGUUUUUAUUUUCAUAUAUUAUGCACAUUUUAUACUUUUCAUAAUUAAUCAGUAUGCCAUUGAUGUAUUUCUAUUUAAAUUAUGAUAAUUCAUUGAGUAUGAAUGGAAAGCGAGUGCAUUACAUUUAGCAUUCAAUCUUGCACACAUCGACAUUCUAAUACUUGCUUAUUUUUGUGGUUUUGACUUUUUUUAUGUAAAUUUGUAUCAUAUUGCUGAAAUAAAAAUCUUAUAUCCUUUCCUAUUAAGCAUUGGGUAGAUUCAUUAAGUAACCAUGAAUUGUAAGUUGUGUUUAUUUUAUUGAUACCAUUUCCAAGCCUUGAAUUGCUUUAUUUUACUUAGUAUAUGAAAAGGGAGAAAAAAUCACACUACUGUUCAGUGCUUUUGUGUAGUCCUCUGGUGACAUUCUUUGAAUGUAUAAACAAAAGUAAUUUUGAUGUACAUAUAGUAUUGUAUUUGUAGAAUGCCUGUAACAGCUUGUUUGAUUAUGAAUGACUUUUGUUGCCACUUCCUUGAACAUAUUGUCUAUACUUAUAUUUUUCUAUGCUUGCAUUGUCACAAGCUUAUCAAUAUCAUGAAUAAAAAGGUGAUCUUGUUUUAUAAAA